CUGUAAGUGUGUGGCUGGGAGAGAAUCUUCCCGACUAGUGGGCCCCUUCGAUCGAAAUGGGGCUGAGGUCUAUUGGGGGGAUGCCAACAGCAGAGAUAGCUCAACUCGUUUGUUUGUGCUAUAAAUAAAGGCAGAGCCGAGGUUCUCCUAGAGACCCGAAGAGGAUUUCCAUCCCAAAACCUGGAUGCACAUUUGUUUGCUGAAUGAUAACGUACCUGGGCCAUUUUUCUAUGUUCGGUACCGGGCUUGGGCGAGAAAGUCGCGUCGUGGCAAGUGGGUCGAUUCUCGACAAUCGCCGUGAUCUGGGUGGAUUAGAUCUGCAUCGCAUCGAACACCUGGAUUUUUGCAAAUCCCACAACGUUCUUGACUUCUCCGCUACGACGAUUGGGAUACGUCAGGUGUCCCCAUCACCAGCCUUAAAUAAACUGGCCCCGUAAGGUGUUCUGAUCGGCUUUAUACGGCUCGGGGAAGAGUGCCGCGACGGGGAAAAAGUUUCACACGGGUGUACGUAGUCGGCCGGCUAGAUCCGUCAUAUGGAGCCGCCAUAUGUUGACUGACCUUCAUUUCUAUGCACUUGUGUAUCUUUUCCGGGCUGAGCCCAUCCACAAUUAUCGCCAUUGAGCCAAUCAUGACCUUCAUGUCCUUGGAACCACCUGAUUCAAUGCCCUCCAGUGGGGAUAAUGCCCUAAAGCUGGGGCAAUAUGGCGUACUAAACUCACAAUAAAUGGAUCAAGCCAAUAUAAAUAGACGAACCUGGUUGUUGUCUUCGCGGCCUCAGCCCCAUACAUUCGCUUGGAUCUAUAACACUGGUGGCUGCUCCCGUUGUCUCGUCAACUUGUUUCGUUCAUUUUGGAGUCACAUUCGUUGGGAUCAUUGUUGCUUUCACGAUCCAUUACUCCUAAGUUUCAAUCCAAAAUGGCCAUCUCUUCAUAUCUCAAGUGGGCUGCAUUCACUUUGGCCAACGCUCAGCUCGGUGCUGCUCAGACCUACACUAGCUGCGAUCCACUGAAUGCGACCUGCGCUGCCGAUACCGGUCUUGCCAAAUGGGAAUUUGACACCGAUUUUACCUCGGGAUCGUCGGCAUUCAGCAAAUGGAACACCACUUCUGGAACUGUCGAGAGCACCUCCCUUGGUGCCAAGUUCACCAUCUCCGAGCAAGGCGAUGCUCCCACCAUUGAGAGUGACUUCUACAUCUUCUUCGGCCGGGUCGAGGUUAAGAUGAGAGCUGCCAACGGCACGGGUAUCAUCAGCACCACCGUGUUGGAAUCUGAUGACCUGGACGAGAUUGACUGGGAGCAAAUUAGCACCUAUGACUAUAAUGUCCAGACCAACUACUUCGGCAAGGGCAACACCACUUCCUACGACCGCGACACUACCGUGAAUGUGACGACCCCCGAAGAGACCUUCCACACCUAUACUGUCGAUUGGACGUCCAGCCGCAUUGAGUGGAUUCUGGACGGCGAGGUUGUCCGCACUCUAGAGUAUGCCGAUGCCCUGAACGGCGAGAAUUACCCUCAGACUCCCAUGCGUAUCAAGAUCGGUAUCUGGGCUGGUGGUGACCCUGACAACAGCGAGGGUACCAUUGAGUGGGCUGGCGGCGAAACUGACUACACUGCUGGUCCCUUCACCAUGUAUGUCGAAUCCGUCAAGGUUAUCAACUACAACCCUGCCUCCGCCUACAAAUACACCGACAAGACUGGUGCCUAUACCAGCAUCAAGGCCACCAACGGCACCACCUCGACCAACUUGGCUUCCACCUCUAGCUCCGUCAAGGCUGCUUCCAGCUCGUCGGGUUCUGCGUCCUCGGCCUCCAGCUCUGCCAGCGCUUCUGCUUCUGCGAGUUAUUCUGCUGCCGGUGCGAUCAUGCCAUACUCUGCACUUGGAACCGUCGUUGCUGCUCUGAUUGCCAGCAUGUUCCUGCUCUAAUCGAUUGUAUAUUAUUGAAUGUGCGGCAUGUUCCGCUCGCACUCAUGCAGGAACUCAGAAUACAACGAAAUCAACGCGCCGACCAAUUCCGCUCCUUUGUCGCUUUUAAUUAGAUUAGAUUGAUAAGCAUAUUUAGAUGAGAACUGUGCAAUCCAGUCAGUUACCGGUUCUUGGU